GUCAUCAAGCAUAUGGAAGCUUCAGAGGGCGUCAUAAAUGAACGAGGCGCCCUUCUUUCUCCACAAUCUGGUCUCUAUGGCAGCUAAGCUUUGCUCAAGAGUCAAGAUCGCCCUUGGCUACCGGAAGCCGUUGGCUACCUGAAGCCGUUGUUUCUUCCAGCUAGCUUCUUUGGAAUCCGCAAAUGCAGCUUUCUAAAGGUACUUUGGGCUUCUUUUGACAAGCACUUCGUAUUGCUGAUUUCACAACUCAGCCCCCGCAGCUCUCAUCGCAUUUGCGGGACCGCUAAAUGCAGAACGCCCUCUUACACCUUUGAUCUCCGUUAAACAUCUAAUCGUGCAGCAGCCCUCUUCUUUCUGCGCUGUCAGCCACAGGAAGAAAAGAUCAGCAUUUGGACUGGCCAACCCCAACCCGCGCAACUACUCUCGCCUCAGCAUUGCCUAAUGGCUACCUCCUUCCCCCUCCCCCCAGUGUUUCCCCAGGGCCAAUUGACCCAUGUGCCAAUCCAAGGAACACAGGGGAGAGUUGCAGUGGAAGACAGCGGACCGCCAGACUCUGCAUUGCCCACUCUGCUCUUCCUCCACGGCCUGGGAGACUUCCGUCAGACUUACCGCUUCCUCGCGCCAAAGUUCCACUCAAGAGGGCACAGAGUCCUCUUGGCAGACCUGAGGGGGUGCGGAGAGUCAACGACAAACUUCCCAUCCUACACGCCUGUGGAUGUGGCAAACGAUGCGGUGGCUGUCUUGGACCAUUUCAAGGUGAAUCAACCAGCAGUCAUCGUCAGCAAUUCGCUGUCUGCCUCCUCUAGUGCGUACGUGGCUGCCAAGCACCCCGAGAGGGUCGCUGCUCUGAUUGGGACGGGCCCCUUCCUGCGCGACCCCCCCGGCAGCGGCUGGCUCGGCCCCGUGAGCCACGUGCUCUUCGCCCGUCCGUGGGGCGCGGCCGCGUGGGUCUCCUUCUGGAAAACGCUCACGGUCAAGAAGCCCGCCGACUUCGAUGAUUAUACGAAGGCGAUGAACGCGGCCACGAGGAGCGAGGGACACCUGGCGGCGAUCGGCGGCAUGAUCCGGGGGCCCAAGAAGCCGUGCUGGGAUGUUGCGGGGGACGUCAAGUGCCCGGUUCUGCUCGUGUUUGGCUCCAAAGACCCCGAUUUCAAGGACCCGGCGGCUGAGGGCGAGGAGCAUCGCCGGCAGCUGAAGUCUGCCAAGGUGGUUAAGGUCGAGGUUUUGCCGGGGUUAGGCCACUACCCAGCUUCUGAAGAUCCGGAGGCCGUGUUCAAACUGGCGACAGACUUUCUGGAGGCUUCUCUCUGAAUGGCCCUGCGACUUACGUCUGGCCGUUUGGUGCACUUGUAUACUUAGCACCGAGCUAGAAGUUGUGACAUAAUUGGUGCCAAAUCGGCCGUUGAGUCUCAUGAAGACCAGGCCAGUAUAGGUGUAUGGGAUAAUAUGACAGCGUAAGAAAGGCCGGCAGUCUGGGGUAUUUGACCACAAUAGUUCUUAGGUAGAAUAGGUUGCAGGCCCGGCAGUGACCAUCCUUAUAGAGCAUGCGCAGCGAUUGGGUCGAUCUUGGCCCAUGCCUCACGGAUACCGUCGAGUGGAUCGACUGGCAACUUUGUAAAGGCGUAUAGGUAAGAACUUUGGAACGAUGCCAGAACCACUAAAAUGACGUGUGGGAAAUCUAGAAUUGAUUCAAUAUCAUGUGCUAGCAAGCCUGCUUGCAACAUGUAGUAAGUUGGCUUUAAGUACAUACGGGCUCAGAUGAAAUUCUCA